AUGACACUCACCUCCGCCUUCAAGGGCCUCUUGCGCCGCCCGGACUUGAUCCAGUCCCAAGGCUACAUUGGUGGCCGCUGGCUCAAUGCUAUCUCUGGCGCCACGUACACGGUCCUCGAUCCGUCCCUGGAUGCGCCCUUGGGCGACGUGGCGGCCAUGGAUGCGGCCGAUACCAAGGCGGCGAUUGAUGCGGCCGACGUAGCGUUCCACGAGUGGAAGAAGACGACGCCCACGCACCGCGCAGCGAUCCUCCAGAAAUGGGACCGCCUCCUUCGCGAGAACGAACUCGACCUGGGCAUGAUCAUGGCCAAGGAGAGCGGCAAGCCGAUCGCCGAGGCCAUUGGUGAAGUGUCGUACGCGGCCGACUACCUCAAGUUCUUUGGCCACGAAGCACUGCGCUACGAAGGCUUUAUGAUCCCGAGCCACGCGGCGGGCCGUCGCAUGAUGGCCAUGCGCCAGCCCGUCGGCGUCUGCGCCAUGAUCACGCCGUGGAACUUCCCCAUCGGGAUGCUCGCGCGCAAGGUCGGACCCGCGCUCGCGGCCGGCUGCACGGCCGUCGUCAAGCCCGCCGAGUCGACGCCGCUCUCGGCGCUCGCGUUUGCCAAGCUCGGCGAGGAGGCCGGCGUGCCUGCCGGUGUCAUGAACAUUGUCCCGAGCCCGCGCGAGGCCGCGGCCGAGAUUGGCCGCACCCUCUCGACGGCGACGCAGGUGCGCAAGCUCACGUUUACGGGUUCGACAGUGGUCGGGAAGCUCCUCACAGAGCAGUGUGCGAGCACGCUGAAGAAGGUGUCGAUGGAGCUCGGCGGCCUUGCGCCGUUCAUCGUCUUUGACGACGCCGACAUUCCCCAAGCCGUCGAGGGCCUCGUCCAGGCCAAGUUCCGCAACACGGGCCAGACGUGCGUGUGCCCCAACCGCGUGUACGUGCAGGAAGGCAGCUUUGACGCGUUUGCGGCCGCUCUUGUGGCGCGCGUCGCGCAGCUCAAGCAAGGCAUUGCGCACGAACGCGGCUUUGACCUGGGUCCGCUCAUCAACGCGGGUGCGGUGACCAAGUUGACGGCGGUUGUCGAGGAUGCGGUCGCGCAUGGUGCGACGGCGCUGCUUGGCGCGACCCCGAGCCCGCUCGGCCCGGCGUACAUGACCCCGACCGUGCUCACCAACGUGACGCCGGCGAUGCGCGUCGCCAACGAAGAGUGCUUUGGCCCGAUCGUCGCGCUCCAGAAAUUUUCGACCGAAGACGAAGUGGUCAAGGUGGCCAACGCGACCGAAAUGGGCCUCGCCGCCUACUGCUUCACGAAGGACCUCGGUCGCGCGUGGCGCAUGUCGGAGAACCUCGAGGCGGGCAUGGUCGGCAUCAACGUCGGCCUCAUCUCGGCCGUCCAGGCGCCGUUUGGCGGCAUCAAGCAGUCGGGCCUCGGUCGCGAAGGCUCGAUCAUCGGCAUGGACGACUACACGGAGCUCAAGUACGUGUGCAUGGGUGGCCUCGCAUAA